AAAUAAACAUUACAAUCCGAAGUAUUCCACUUUCUAUUUACGAAAGAAACAUGUCUCAAACCAUUGAUUUACAACUAGAUUACCAUUAUUUAUUGUACAAUGUUUUUAAUUAGGAUAUAAAUAACAAGUAGCAACCAUUGAUUUACAACGAGAUUACCAUUUUCUUUUGUCAACACCAUAUCUUUAUUUUAAUAAUGAUGUUAAAUGAAUUUUGUCAUCAUUAACAAAAGAAAGAAUCUUCAAUUUUCAUCUCAAAAGCUGUAAUUAUCCACGGAAAAAAAAUCAAAGGUGUGUUGCAAUAAAUUAAAAGGUGUAUGCUGCGUAAAUAAAUCGUUAAUUAACAUGUUUUAUAGUUAAUAAUGUGUAUUUAUCAUCAUCAAAUCUAGAAAAAAAUCAGAUAAUCCGAAAUCGUCGACAGAUCGAAGAGCGAGCGAGCGGAAUGACAGAGAGCUCUACAAAACGACACGUGUCCAACACCCUAAAGUGUUUGAAGAUCUCACCGUUACCCUAAUCUUAUAUCUUUCCUUUUUUUAAUUAUUUGUCCUCCUCGAUUAGUAUAUAUUACUUUUUUCUCCCUCGUGAAAUCUCCUCGAUCAAGAACAAACAAAAAAGUUGGGAGAUUUCCUCGCGCAAAAUAUUAUCGUCCUCUCCUCUCCAUCGUUUUCUCUCUCUUUGACUCGGUCGACGACGACCAACCCGUUCCUUCCUUCCUUCUCUCUCUAUCUCUAUCUAUCUCUUUCUCUCCUGAAUCGAAGUUGCUUCACCUCAAAGGAAGAAACUUGCUGGCGUUGUUUACAUUCCGAUUGAAAAGGAGAUCUCGCGGCGAGGGUUCGGUUCGGUUAGGAUUCUCCGUUGAAGGGUUUCUAUAUUAGUUUAUCCAAUUCGAUCAGCAAUCUUUUAGUUUAGGAGGUCUCUGAAAACCCUAGUUUAGAUAGCUGUUAAAAUCAGAAAAUCAAUUUAUUCAAUUCAUUCUUUUGUCAACCAAUUCGUUGUUGAUACGUCUCUUCUAGCUUUUUUUAGUUAUAGAGUUUCGGAAGCUCUGAAAGUUAGGGCGACUUGUAUUUUUUUGUUGUUGCCAUCAAAGAGCUUCGUUUCUAUAGAUUAACCCACACAAAAAAAAAAAGGACUUAGCUUUUUAGGGAUUCUGUACAAAAAGGGGGAUUUUAGCUUUUAGAUAAGACUUAUAUAGGAAUGGCGUUGAAUUUUUCUCACAGACAUGUCUCUGAGAAACCAAUGAAGAUAGCUGAUGGGUAUCUUGUUGAGGGAGUUUCUGAGAUGAACGGUGGUGUUUUCUCCCAGUCUUUUGAGAAAGGUGACUCCUUUGAUUACGGAAGGAACACUGGUGGUGUUUUCUCUCAGCCUUGGUGUUCCGGUGACGAGAAAGGUGAUUGCUUUGACUAUGGAAUGAGCACUGGAGGUCCAGCUUCUGGCGACAUUGUUGAUGUUCUGCCAUCUGAUCCGUUUGGGAUGGAUAUGAACAAUACUUUCACUGCCAUUACUGGGUGGCUUGAGGAUUUGGAGUUUGAUUAUAGCCGAUAUGGGAGAGAUGAGAUUGGUGAUGGAGACCACCAGCUCUUUGCUGGGUUGAGUUUUAUUUGGAACAAUGCAAUGCGGUUUCAGGAGUUUCCUGAGAGUCACUGGUUUGAAGAGGGUUUUGAUGGUGAUGGAUCUUGUGCUGGUUCAUUCGUAUCCCCUACUAGUGUGGAUAAGGUAAUGAGUCGUGUUGGAGAAAGCAGUGAUGGAGGCGAGAAUGCAAACGUUCAUCCAGCGCUUGGUUUUUGUCUUUACCACUUGGGAGUGAAGGAUCUUCUUUCAGUCAGUAUGGUUUGCAAGUCUCUGCAUACCACUGUCUGUGAUGACUCGCUACUGUGGAAACACAUCCACAUCUCUCAACCGUUGAAUGAGAAGAUCAAUGAUGAGUCUCUUCUGCGGUUAACCGAGAGGGCUCAUGGCACUAUGCAGUGUCUGAGACUCGUAGAUUGCUCGAAAAUUACAGAGGAUUGUCUUAGGAAGGUGUUGGAACGCAAUCCACAAGUAGUCAAGCUUGGCGUACCUGGAUGCACAAGGAUCAGUAUCGACGGCCUUGUGAGCAUCUUGAGGGACCUGAAGUCUUCGGGGAAGCUUAAAGUGAAACAUUUAGAGACUGGUGGCCUCUAUGGAGUUACUAAAGAUCACUAUGAUGAGCUGCUUGAUUUGUUGGACAUAGGCAACAAUGUGGAACAGACUAUCCAAAAGCCGCGUUAUUACCAUAGAGGAUACACAUUCGCCUCCUGCGACGAUGUUGUCCGGGCGCUGGAUAUUGAGAUGUGUCGGAAAUGUCAGAACUGGAGGAUUGUCUAUGACUGUCCAGCGGAAGAUUGUAAAGGGAAGGAGGAGUGUCGUGCUUGUUCUCUUUGCGUACAGAGGUGUGUUCAGUGCGGUCGGUGCAUCAAUGGCGUAUACGAGGAGACGUUUUGUUUGGAGUUUUUGUGCUCUGGUUGCUCGAAGCUCCUUAAGUUCCCUCUCGUGUGAUGAAUAAGUUUCCCUUUCAUCUUUUGAUGAAGGAAUAAUAAUUAUCAUAAAGAUUUGUUUUGGCUUUAGACAUUUAUAAAAUAAAUAAAUUUAUGAAAGAUGAGCUUUGGAUUA